GUUACCAUGGAGACGCAUGGAAGCUAAAGCCUUUGCAGUUCACCCAUUAAAAGCAGGAGAACUUGUUCUGUGAAACAUUUAGAUCGCUUCAGCCAUCCUUAUUCGCCUAAUGGCGCCGAUAGAGAUUUAGAAACACAGGAUUUAAAAUAUAGAAAAGUUUAUUCUUUUGUUUUCAGGUCAUCUUCGAUAGCCGUGCUAAGCUAACGGUUUAGGCUAAGCUUUCAAAGCCACGCGACAAACGUUAGCUUGUUUUAAAGGGUUUUAUUUCCUCUGAUAUCUUUGUUUAUAUGUUAGAUGCGUCUUUAUUUUUCUAUAAAUCACCAUGUUCAUCUACCUCAGCAAGAAGAUCGCUAUUCCUAACAACAUCCAGCUGAGAUGCGUCUCCUGGAACAAACAGCAGGGAUUCAUCUCCUGUGGAGGAGAAGAAGGUCUGCUGAGGGUGUUAAAGCUGGAGACACAGACAGAUGACUCUAGACUGAAAGGUCUCGCUGCACCAAGCAACCUGUCCAUGAAUCAGACUUUAGAAGGACACAGCGGAGCCGUUCAGGUAGUGACCUGGAAUGAACAGUAUGAGAAACUGACAACCAGUGACCAGAAUGGACUCAUCAUUGUGUGGAUGCUGUACAAAGGUGCGUGGUACGAGGAGAUGAUCAACAACAGGAACAAAUCAGUGGUGAGGAGCAUGAGCUGGAAUGCUGAUGGGCAGAAGAUCUGCAUUGUUUAUGAAGAUGGAGCCGUCAUCGUUGGAUCAGUAGACGGCAACCGAAUUUGGGGGAAGGAGCUGAAGGGGAGUCAGCUCGCUCACGUUGCUUGGUCACCUGACAGUAAAAUCCUUCUGUUUGGCAUGGCCAACGGCGAAGUUCACAUUUAUGACAAUCAAGGAAACUUUAUAGUGAAAAUGACCAUCAGCUGUCUCAGCGGGGCAACCGGAGCUGUGAGCAUCGCUGGAAUCCACUGGUAUGCAGGAGCCGGGGGUUACGUGGAGCCAGACUGUCCGUGCCUCGCCAUCUGUUUCGACAACGGAUGCUGUCAGAUCAUGCGCUACGAGAACGAUGAGCAGCCGGUGUACUUUGACACGCUGAUGAAUGUGAUCAGCAUCCAGUGGAACCACUGUGGCAGCGUGCUGGCGGUGGCAGGUUCCCUCAGAGCUGCAAAUAUGGAGAAAGAACUCAACGUGGUUCAGUUCUACACACCCUUUGGUGAGCAUCUUAGGACUCUGAAAGUCCCUGGGAAGCACAUGUCUGGGAUCUCAUGGGAGGGUGGAGGCCUGCGAAUCGCCCUGGCUGUGGACUCUUACAUCUACUUUGCCAACAUAAGACCAGAUUAUAAAUGGGGCUACUGCUGUAGCACGGUGGUGUAUGCCUACACAAAGCCAGAGCAGCAGGAGUACUGUGUCGUUUUCUGGGACACCAAAAACAAUGAGAAGUUUGUAAAAACUGUCAAGAGCUUGAUGUCUAUCACUACCUGUGGAGACUUCUGCAUCCUGGCCAGCAAGGCAGAUGAAAUGCAGCCUCAGGAUGAUCUGGGGUUUGAAACUAGGGGUCCUGCGAGGUUUAUCCUGAUGCUCUGCAAUUCCAUUGGCACUCCUCUGGACUCCAAAUACAUUGAUAUUGAUCCGCUGUUUGUUACCAUGACGAGGACACAUGUCAUUGCUGCAUCCAAAGAGGCCUUCUAUUUGUGGCAGUACAGAGUGGCAAAGAAGCUGACUGCCCUGGAGAUCAACCAGGUGACCAGAACCAGGAAGGGCGGCAGGGAGAGGUUCUAUCACAUAGACAGCAGUCCAUCUGGAGCCAGCGAUGAGGGCUCCGAUUACUCUAAAGCCUUCGCAACAACUCGAGAUCCUAUCUGCUGCAUUACAGCAACAGAUGAAGCUCUGGUGGUGGCUCGUGAGUCCGGCAUCAUCCACAAAUACAGCCUUCCAAAUGUCACCCUCAUCCAGAAGUAUUCCUCGAACAACAGAGCCCAUUAUCUGUCUAUAAACUGUAACUCCAGUCGCCUGGCCAUCAUUGACAUCUCAGGCUUGCUGACUCUGUUGGAAUUGGAAGUUCGUUCUGCAACAGAUGAAGAGACAGGAAACAAAGCAGCAGGAGAUCUGUCCAAGUUUGAGCGUAAAGAUGUCUGGGACAUGAAGUGGGCAAAUGACAAUCCAGAUUUGUUUGCUACGAUGGAGAAAACCAGGAUGUAUGUGUUCAGGAACCUUGAUCCAGAGGAACCCAUUCAAACAUCUGGAUACAUCUGCAACUUUGAGGAUUUGGAAAUCAAAUCGGUUUUACUCGAUGAAAUUAUGAAGGAUCCAGAGCGGCCAAACAAAGACAACCUCAUCAAUUUUGAAAUCCGCUCCCUGAGAGACAGCCGAGCUCUUAUUGAGAAAGUGGGCAUUAAAGACGCUUCGCAGUUCAUCAAGGACAAUCCUCACCCAAGACUCUGGCACCUGCUGGCUGAGGCAGCCCUACAGAAACUGGAUCUGAAGACGGCCGAGGAGGCUUUCGUCCGCUGCAAAGACUACCCGGGUAUUCAGUUUGUCAAGCGUCUGGCCAACCUGCAGAGCGAGCCCAUGAAGCAAGCCGAUGUGGCAGCUUACUUUGGCAAAUUUGAGGAAGCUGAAAGCAUGUAUCUGCAGAUGGAUAGAAGGGACCUCGCCAUUAAUCUAAGGAUCAAGCUAGGAGACUGGUUUAAGGUUCAGCAGCUACUUAAAAGUGGUUCUGGGGACUGUGAUGAUGCUCUGCUCCAACAGGCCUAUAACGGAAUCGGAGACUACUACGCUGACAGACAGAAGUGGGGGGAAGCAGUUCGAUCCUACCGCAUGGGCCGAAACCAGGAAAGGUUAGCAGACUGCUACUACAGGCUGGAAGACUAUGACAGCCUUGAGCAGCUAGCCGCGGAUCUCCCUGAAAAUCACAAACUGUUAGCAGAAAUCGGACAGAUGUUUGUCACCGUGGGAAUGUGUGAGCAGGCUGUGAAGGCCUACCUUAAAUGCAACCAGCCAAAAGCAGCAGUGGACACAUGCGUCCAUCUGAACCAGUGGAACAAAGCCGUGGAACUGGCGAGGGCCCACAACAUGAAGGAGAUCAAAUCAAUUCUUUCCAAACGCGCCUCUCAUCUUCUAGAGGAAAAUAAAACUCUGGAAGCAGUGGAACUUUACCGGAAGGCUCACCACUUCCUUGAUGCAGCCAAACUCAUGUUUAAGAUAGCCGACGAAGAGACGAAGAAAAUGAGCCGACCUCUGAGGGUGAAGAAGCUGUACGUUUUGGCAGCUCUGCUUGUUGAGGAUUAUCACGAUCAGGUGAAGGCGUCUCAGCAGUCCAAAGCCAAAGGGAAGAAAUCUGAGGCUACAUUCACACUCACUGGCCUCCUGGAGGAAGAUGCUUUAUCCCCAGAGAGUCGCAUCAUUGACAGCGCCUGGCGAGGAGCCGAGGCGUAUCACUUCUUCCUGCUCGCUCAGAGACAGCUCCAUGCCGGCUACGCAGAGAACGCCAUGCGCACAGCGCUUCACCUUCGUGAGUACGAGGAUGUCAUCCCUGCAGUUGAGAUCUACUCCCUGCUGGCUCUUUGCUCUGCAGCCAACCGGGCCUUUGGGACCUGCUCAAAGGCCUUCAUCAAGCUGGAAUCUCUGGACAGCCUGAGCCCUGAACAGCAGCAGCUCUAUGAGGAUCUGGCCCUGCAGAUUUUCACUAAACACCCUCCAAAGGACAGCCGCAUGAUGGAGGCCACAAGAUUAUCAGAAGGGUCUGAGGAGAAACUGCCCACUUGCAUAGUAACGGGGCGUCCUAUCCAGGAGUACCAGUUUUGGGUGUGCGGCGUGUGUAAACACUGCGCUCUGGAACAUGAGAUCAGGAAAUACAGCUGCUGCCCGCUGUGCCACAGUACCGUAGCAUGAAGAAGUUAUUUCCUGUCAGGACUCUGAUCCACGCAGCAUAAAGGACGGUUUUAACUGAUUUAUUUUGUGCAAAGUGUCCAUAAGAGGGUAAAAUAUGACAAGCAGCUUAAUUUAUCUUAAAAGCAGGAAAUUUAGUCUUUAGCUUAAUUUACUUUAUGUCUCUUUACAGUUAAAUGUAUUUUAACAUCAAACAUGCUUCAAUGUAACUUUUUAUCUGCUUUUAUAAUAAAUAAAUUG